AUCGCGCACACCAUGCGUCUCUCUUGAGGAAGAUGGCGACUGUGUACAUGAUGGUAAACUGAAUGGACGAAAAGCAGCAAAAGAAUUCGUACAAUUCCCCCCUCUUACCCCCUUUACAUCCCGCUCCACAUGCGUUUACAUUGAAAUCAACGGUAUUCUAACCUAGUGUGAAGAACUAGGAUGAUAAUAUGACCCAGAAAAAGAAGAAGCGAGUGAAUCGCAGUUCGUUGCUGGCGAAGAAAAUCAUCAUCAAGGAUGGAGGAACGCCUCAAGGGUUUGGCUCUCCCAGCGUUUAUCAUGCUGUCAUCGUCAUAUUUCUGGAGUUCUUUGCUUGGGGUUUACUGACAGCACCUACUUUGGGAGCUCUUCAUGAAACAUUCCCGAAGCACACGUUUCUCAUGAAUGGCUUGAUUCAGGGGGUUAAGGGUCUUCUGUCGUUUUUAAGUGCUCCUCUGAUUGGUGCUCUGUCAGACGUGUGGGGGAGAAAGUCAUUUCUUUUACUCACUGUGUUCUUCACAUGUGCUCCUAUUCCUUUAAUGAAGAUAAGCCCAUGGUGGUACUUUGCUGUUAUCUCUGUAUCUGGAGUGUUUGCAGUUACCUUUUCGGUUAUUUUUGCCUAUGUGGCCGACAUCACCCAAGAACAUGAGCGCAGUAUGGCGUACGGCAUGGUUUCGGCUACGUUUGCGGCGAGUCUCGUAAUAAGCCCGGCGAUCGGUGCGUAUCUAAGUCAGGUGUAUGGAGACAGUCUUGUUGUGGUUUUGGCUUCUGCCAUCGCUAUGCUGGACAUCUGCUUCAUCCUGGUGGCUGUGCCUGAAUCGCUUCCUGAGAAGAUGAGACCAGCGUCCUGGGGCGCCCCUAUAUCAUGGGAACAAGCAGACCCCUUUGCUUCUCUGAGGAAAGUGGGUCAGGACUCAACGGUUCUGCUCAUCUGUAUAACAGUGUUUCUGUCUUAUCUGCCUGAGGCUGGUCAAUACUCCAGCUUCUUCCUGUAUCUGCAACAGAUAAUGGGAUUCUCACCUGAAAGUGUCGCAGCUUUCAUUGCUGUUUUAGGAUUGUUGUCAAUUGUUGCACAGACUGUAGUUUUAAGUUUACUCAUGCGUUCCAUCGGGAACAAGAACACAAUCCUGCUGGGUCUGGGAUUUCAGAUUCUGCAGCUCGCCUGGUAUGGAUUUGGAUCGGAGCCAUGGAUGAUGUGGGCCGCUGGAGCUGUUGCCGCCAUGUCCAGCAUCACUUUCCCUGCUGUGAGCGCCCUGAUUUCCCGCACCGCUGAUCCUGAUCAACAAGGCGUGGGUCAGGGUAUGGUUACGGGAAUCCGCGGAUUGUGUAAUGGUCUUGGUCCAGCCCUCUACGGUUUCAUCUUCUACAUCUUUCAUGUCGAGUUGGACCAGGUUCCAGAGAAAGAACCGGACGUACAGCACCACUACGAUCACAACCAACAGAGUGCAAUAAUCCCUGGACCGCCGUUCCUGUUUGGUGCGUGUUCUGUGCUGCUGGCGCUCCUGGUGGCUCUUUUCAUCCCCGAACACCCUCAUAUGGGUGCUCGUGCUGGCAGCUGGAAGAAGCACACGUCGCCCCACGGGCACCCGCACAGUCCCCACCCACCCGGAGAGGCCAAAGAGCCCUUGCUACAGGACACUAACGUGUGAUUGGUUGUUUCACUAUGGGCAUAUUGGUCAAACCCUCAAUCCAUUGAGCAAAAAGUUGCGCAUGGAGACUGUUGUCAUAUAUUGAAAUGUAAAGCUAUAUCCGAGCGGUCCUCGGUCCUGCUUUCAUAGAUCUAUUUUCGAGCCUAAUUCUCCAGGAACAUAGAUCUCCGUAAUCAGGAUUACAGGUAUCUUGCUGUUUCAAGAAUAGAGCACCACUUUUUAAAGAAAUGUAUAUAGAAGAACAUAUAUUUAAUGACGGUUCUGUCCAAAGGCACUAUUGCAAUGGCUUGUAUUUAUUCAUUUUAUUAUUUGUUUUUUGCCUUUUUUUUUUUUACGUUGCUCUUUCUGACUUCUAGUUCUUCAUUACUAUAGCUCACUCAGGGACAUUAGCCUAGUCAGGAAUGUUUCUGAACACAGUGUGUUCCUCAAUGAGAAGGGCCUAAUGACAACACAAACAUAAAAAUAAUGGGCCUCGUUCAUGAAAUGCGAGCAGUGCGAAUUUCUGUGUAAAACAUUUGAUAAUGCAUUUAUAUUAAUAUGAGCAGAACACAUUUCGUUCGUAAAACCGUUCGUAGAGAAUAUGUGAGCAGAACAAAUGUGUGUACAUAAAUCAUCAGUAAAACAUAAAAAUUUUAGCAGAACAAAUGUGAAAAUAAUUCAUAAAGCAUUCGGGCAGAACAAAUUAGCGUGAAUUGUUUGCUAAACCAUUCUUAAAAAUUAAAGCAGAACUAAUAUUUGCGUAUAUUCUUCAUGAAACCAUUUGCAAGAAUUUGAGCCGAACAAAAGUAACGUAAAACAUUCGUAAGUCAAGCAGAACGAAUGUGUAAAUUGAAAAAAUUUUAGCUGAAUAAACGAGUGUAAAUCGUUCGUAAAACGUACAUAAUAAUUUAAGAAUGAAUGUGUAUAUCGUUUGUUAAACGUUCAUAAAACUUCAAACAGAACUAAUAUUUGCGUAAAUUCUUCAUGAAACCAUUCGCUAAAAUUUUAGCUGAAAGAACUCGCGUAAAUAGUUCGUAAAACAUUUGUAACAAAUUUAAGCAGAACGAAUAUAUGUAAUUUUGUUUCUUAAAACUUAAAAAUUCAAGCAGAACGAAUUUAUGUAAAUUGAAAAAAUUUGUGCUGAAUAAAUGAGCGUAAAUCGUUCAUAAAACGUACAUAAUUUAAGAAUUAAUGUGUAUAUCGUUUGUUAAACGUUAAUAAAACUUCAAGCAGAACUCAUAUUUGCGUAAAUUCUUCAUGAAACCAUUCGCUAAAAUUUUUGCUGAAAACAUUUACGUAAAUCGUUCAUAAAUUUAAGCAGAACGAAUAUAUGUAAUUUGUUUCUUAAAACUUAGAAGUCAAGCAGAACAAAUUUGUGUAAAUUGUAAAAAUCUGAGCAGAACGAAUUAUGUAAAUUGUUCCUUGAAUGGGAUAGUUUACGCAACAAUCGUUUUACUAACGAUUUACAGAUUUGUUUGUCAAGUUUAUGAAUAAGGCACCACUGUUCAUAAAACUAUGCGCAAGUCAAAAAGAAUUCAAGUUUAACAUAUGUCUAAAUCGUCGUAAAAUCAUUAAUUAGAAUGAAUUUGAGUAGUUUCAAAAAUCAUUCUUACGAAUGUUUUGACAAAUGGCCAUGAAAUACGCUUGUGUUUCAUGAAUGAGGCCGAAUGAAAUUACUGAAUGAAGUGGUUUUGCUGUGAACGUGCUGGGUUCAUGAGAUAAGGUUGUUAGGGAAUAUAAUGGAUAAUCAUACAGAUUCCCAGUGCUUCGUCAUGAAUGGCCUUAACUGACUGUUGAGGAUAAUCGUAAAGAUUCCCAUCGCUUCGUUGUGAAUGGCCUUAACUGAUGGUUCAGCUUUGAAAUUUUUUCGCAAAUGAAAUGAUUGUUGUACAGUUCCCUUUUAUUUGUUGCUCAUAUAUUAAGCUGAUGCCUGUUUUAUUUGUACUACUUUGAAUCAAUGGUGCCUUCCCCAGCUUACAUUGCAUUGUUGACAGGAAUUGGCGAAGCCGGUGGGAUCAGAUAAGAAUUUGUGAUUCAUCAAAAAUCUGAUUACAAGAUUUGAGGAAGGAUCAGUGUUAGCCUUUCUUAACAGAGAACGGUUGAGCUGAUUAUACUUCAGUUGCUUUCUGGAUUUACUUCAGCCUCGCUGGGAAACAUUUACCUACUAAAAAAUUUACACUUUGUUUUUGCCAAUUGACGGAAGUACAUUUGAGAGCAAGGAGAUAAAAUUUGCCAGUGGCCUUUGUGUAUUUUUCAUUGAGACAGUAGAAUGGCUUGUUUUAAGAUACAAUAUUUGACCAAAUUUAAAGAUAUGUUAUUGAUGGGAGAGUUCAUAUAAUUAGUUGUGUUUUGGAUAUUUAUGAGUUUGUGUAAUAUAUUCUUUUUGUCUCAGAAUACGGUGUGCUUUUUUUACGUUCUGUGGUUAUGUUGUGCUGUCUUCAUUAUAAAUUUUAACAUUUGGUGAUUGUUUUUGAUUGAACUAUGUACAUAUGUCAAAGUAUCUAAACAUGCAUUUCAAUAAAAGUUAAGUAUUUUGA